UGAGGGAGCGAUUUGCAGCAUCAGUUCAGCUCAGCAUCAGUUGGCUUCGCAUCUCAAGUUGGUAGUUUAAUAAAGAGGAGAAUCCACCUGACAGUUUUCCUGAUGUGCGGUUCUCAUUUUCACUCGGGAUUUUAAGGUCUCUUGAUCACAUCGGAAGGAGUGUUGCACCCACAUGGGCAGUGUUCUGGCUUUGUCUUCCAGUCCGGGCCAUCAGAACUGGCCUUUCUCCACAGAGCCCCCUCCUUCCCGCUGGGAUGCACACCCUGCUCACUGGGAUAGUCCACCUCGCUGGGAGAGGAAAGAUGGCCGCCUUCCCAACCCAGGCAGCUUUCACUCUCUCCACAGGAGCUGCAAAGAUGUGUUUCCUCAACAGAUUGAGGGUGUUAAGAUGAUUGUGAAUAAAACCCUGAGCAGCUUCUUCAAGGUCAGUCAUACGCUCCACCUCAGUGCUGUAAGUCCGUCGUAUUAUCGGUUCCACGUGGAGCACCUGCAGAGUGACGACUAUAGCAAAGACAAGGAUGCUCCAGCAUUGAUUGGAGAGAUGGACUCCUCAGGUAGUCUGAAUGCCCAUGCCCUGCUGCAUCUCACUGAGCGGGUGCGAGCUAGAACGGUGUUCCAGACCCAACAGUCCCAGUUUGUAACGUGGCAGUUUGAAACUGAGUACAGAGGGAACGACUUCACUGCCGCUGUGACGGUGGCCAACCCCGACAUCCUCAGAGAGUCAGUUAUCCUGGUGGCACAUUUCCUACAGAGUGUUUCUUCCGGGCUGGUGUUAGGAGGGGAGCUGGUCUACCAUCGGGGGCGAGCAGAAGAAGGAGGCAUUCUUACUUUGGCUGGACAGUAUUCAAGACCAAACUGGGUGGCAACACUGAAUGCUGGCAAAGGAGGUGCUCAUGCUAGCUACUAUCACAGAGCCAACAAACAGAUCCAAGUUGGGGUGGAGUUUGAAGCCAGUACCAGGACACAGGAGACCACAACGUCCUUUGGGUAUCAGAUGGAGCUUCCAGAGGCCAACAUGGUCUUUCGAGGUAUGAUAAACAGUCGGUGCAUAAUAGGAGGUGUGUUGGAGAAGCGCCUGACUCCGCUCCCAGCCACCCUAAUUAUGGGUGCCUUUGUAAAUCAUAAAGGUGAUAAACUGCAAGUGGGCCUAGGCGUCAAUGUGGGUUAAUCAUCAGCUAACCCCUGCUGGAAUUACACUCCAUUGUCUGGAUCUCCGUCCAAAGGCACGUUUCAGAGGCUUCAUCAACAACGUGACCUGAGAUUUUUCAGCCUCACCAAAACACUUCCUGUUUCUUUAAGUCAAUGCAUCUCACCUACCUCUCUAAUAGGAGGCGAUGUUUGUCUUACUGAGUGGCAAAAAGAUUGCACUGAAGGAAUGGAUGAGCGCCUCGAGGGGCUCCACAUACAGUAUGUGAUUGGACAGAUGUUUCUGUCCCCCUGAAACCAGACUGUGCGUCCACUUGUAGACACUGAAAACCGAAAGGAUAAAAGGCAUACAGUACUGUAAAGUUAAAAUAAAGCUUUUAUAUUGUAGGUAGUCCUAAAGAAAUAUGUAAAUACAUUGUAUUAAAGAACAAUAAUGUUUUUAAUGUUUUUCCCCAUGACCCCGAAUUUUAAUAGACUAUUUCCAAAAAGUGGCUACAAAAGAUGGGGUUUCCUAUCUAACAGACAGUAAUUGGUUUACAUCAGUGCCAGUAUCAAUUAAAAACAAAUUCAUACAAAUAGCAAUGCUCAUGAACAGUGCAGUGUCUUUUGACAUGUGCCAAAACCUUAAAUUUUAGUUUGAAUGUAACAUCAUUUGCUGCUCUCCAAAUGCGAUGCAAAGAGAGAAAACAUAAACCUGAGGAAGUUCACUGCUUACUCAUAACAAGGCAGUCUGUGUGGGCUAAUCUGCACACGAGCAAAUGUUUAUAGAGGACUGUUCCAAAUGGCACUAAUGCUGAAUCUGAGUUUGAGUAAAUGGGUCGGAUCAUGUUAAAACGUCAGUAGGAAUCCUAAAAAAAAUAUGCAUGAGAAAGUGAAUGUUUGAUUGAUUGUGUGCAGAUAUAUAUAUUUUUUUUGCCAGCAUAUAAUAAUGUGCAUUCCCCACAGAGAAAGGUGCUGCUUCAUGCUGUAUAUAGUAAUUCAGUCUGAGGGUUGUGAAAGGGGCAAUGCACUGAGUCUACUGAGUGAGGACUGCACUGUAUGUAUAUAGAUUAAAACAUGUGGAAACACUGACCUGUAUGCAACCUGCACUACUCAUACUACGUCUGGGCAUUUACAGUCCUGUUCAACUAGGAAAUGUUGCCUAUGUAUGAUUUAUACAUCAUGUAAUAUCAGCAUAGAGAGAAG